GGGAGAUACGGAGGAGAGUGAGACGCACGCGCUGCUCUGGUGCGUCUGUGCAGAGACUGCAUAAAAAGAGAGAAAAAAUAACCAAAAAAACGUGCGCUGCGCAAUUAGGCUAGAAACCUUGUGUUUUUUCUCUCCGUUUUCUGGAAGAUAAAAUAAAUAAAGAAAUCAAGCUGGCUCAGUGCAUGUCACAGCAGCCCGCUUUGACAGGUGCUGCUCAGCCCCUUUGGAGGACUGCUUUCAGCAGCAGCAGGAUGGCAUCAGAACUGGCAAUGAGCAACUCCGACCUGCCCACCAGUCCCCUGGCCAUGGAAUAUGUUAAUGACUUCGAUCUGAUGAAGUUUGAAGUGAAAAAGGAGCUGGUGGAACCGGAUCGCAGCAUCAGCCAGUGCAGCCGCCUGAUCGCCGGGGGAUCCUUGUCUUCCACCCCGAUGAGCACGCCUUGCAGCUCGGUUCCCCCUUCCCCAAGCUUUUCGGCGCCCAGCCCGGGCUCCGGGAGCGAGCAGAAGGCUCACCUGGAGGAUUUCUACUGGAUGAGCGGCUACCAACAGCAGCUGAAUCCCGAAGCGCUGGGCUUCAGCCCCGAAGACGCGGUAGAGGCGCUGAUCAGCAGCAGCCACCAUCUCCAGUCCUUCGAUGGCUAUGCUAGAGGGCAGCAGUUCGCCGGGGUGGCCGGGGCAGGAGGCGGCAUGGCCGGGGAGGAGAUGGGCUCAGCAGCCGCUGUGGUAUCCGCUGUUAUCGCUGCAGCGGCAGCGCAGAACGGAGGUCCCCACCACCAUCACCACCACCACCACGCCGGGGGACACCACCCCUCCACAGGGGUCCCGUCCAACGCCAGUUCGGCAGGCAGCCACCAGCACAUAGGACACCUGGACCUGGACGACCGGUUUUCGGACGACCAGCUGGUGAGCAUGUCAGUACGGGAGCUGAACCGACAACUGCGCGGGGUCAGCAAGGAGGAGGUGAUCCGGCUGAAACAGAAGAGGAGGACCCUAAAGAACAGAGGCUAUGCCCAGUCCUGCCGCUACAAGCGGGUCCAGCAGAGACAUGUUCUGGAGGGCGAGAAGACGCAGCUGAUCCAGCAGGUGGACCACCUCAAGGCGGAGAUAUCGCGGCUGGCCAGGGAGCGGGACGCAUACAAGGACAAGUACGAGAAGCUCAUAACCAACGGCUGCAGGGAAAACGGAUCAGACAACACCCCCUCGUCCCCAGAGUUUUUCAUGACGUCGAGAAAGUUCCUCCAUCUGUGAUAGUGACCCCUGAACCCUGCACAUGACCCUUGACCUGGAGUCUAAGAAACCAUGACAGAGGAAUGCUGAUAUCUUAACAUCAUUCCGCGGCACCAGACGGCCACAAAGCACAACGUCCACACAUCUCCAAACCACCCAGAAACCAAGCAACAGACCCUGUACAGACGUCCAGAUGGACCCGUCACCCAGCACACUUUCAUGACAAGAUUAUCCCCCGAAACAAAUGACAACAAAACUAAACAUCCAAGGAAAAUACUGAGUUCCUGUUUGAUCAACUACUAAAACUCCUGGAUUCUCUCUUUCUCUAUCACCAGUAGCUACAUACAUAAUUGUGACUGAACAUUGUGACAAAGAUACAGUACCACAUUGUACAUUACAUUUUGUAGAGUAUUAUAAGUUAUAAUAUGUAGGUUGGAGGUCUAACUGUAGACAGACACUGUAGAGGAGAGAAGUGAUGACGCGUGAGUUCCCGUUAGCACAUAGGCCCAAUGCUGUUCCUGUAAAUAAUGGGCAGUAGAACUGAAUAGGGCCUCAUAUGGAAUACAGCUAGUCCAUCUGUAUAUAGCCAUGACACCAUAGCUCUAAUAUGUACAUAGGCAUUCAAUUAUACCUCCUUAUUUCUCCUAUCCCCUUCAACCCUCCUACACUAGCGCAAUGAUACUCACCAUAUCUCCAUACUCAGACAUGUAAAAUAUAUAUAUACAGGAGGAAACUGGAUACAGAGAGAAGAUACACACAGUGUCUGUUGCAGCUGGAAACACACUGGAGUGAGAAACACAGACCCACUUUGGCUGGAAUAAGGAACUGGUGAACUCUCCCUGCCACAAAGAGGCACGCAAUAACCCCGGUGUAUUUGUACGUGUAUUUUACUCCCCUUAGUGAAGUGAAAGUUUCACUUCAAUGGUUUGAAAGCUUUCUGCAGUCCACUCAAUGUACAAAUUUUCAUUUUCAUCCACACUUCCUCCCUCUCCCUCCAUUCCUGAUUGGCUAGUCCUUCCUCUCUCCCCCAGUCCUGAUAGGCUGUUGACAGUCAGUGUGGGCGUGUCAAUCAGAGGGCCUGUAGGCCCAUAGGCCUCUCUGAGACCAGGCGCUCGCUUAGCUCCCACAGGCUGGCUGCAGUGACCUGGUCCUCGGCCUGGGGGGAGGGCAGGCAGCGGAAACAGUUGUUGAAGUACAUCCCUCCUAGACCCUCUAGCUCCGGAGCUACCGCACAGUACACCGUGGUGGCUGCCCCCUGUUGCUGUGGAGACAAAGAGACAGAGGGACAACAGUCAACAUGGAGGACAGAGACAGAGCAGCACUGAUCAACAUCAUCUGUGUGGGAGGAGGGGACAGUCAGAAUGACAGAGAACCUCUUGUCCGCCAAGAGAUACACAGGAACUCCAGCCACCCUACAGAUCCUGCCAAGACACCUCCACUGGAAUACACACACAUGUACUCAGUGACCCUCAUCUCUCCUGAUCCUCCAGAGCAUCCAUAUGAGACAGACAAGGAACUCCAUACAAACAGAGAGAGACAGAAAGAUAGACACAGAGAGGAUAAACUCCAUAGAGACCCCCUCUCUGCCACAGCCCAUAAUGAUGGGGCAGUGUUACCAUAGGGACUAUGGAUCUGGAUAGAUAUGUAUAUACAGUACCAGUCAAAGGUUUGGACACACCUACUCAUU